AUGCUUAAUAUUUUGGGGGAUUCUCCUAAAUGCGAUGAUUCGGCUGAAACAGCGAAAAUAGUAAAAUCAUGUCCUCAAAAUAACAAUGAAUGGAACAAAGCAGCUAAAAUCAAAGGCUGUGAAAAAAUGUCACACUCAUGUUCUUCAUUCGUAUACCACUGUGUCAUUAAUGCAUGGGGAAAUGAAACAAUAGAAGUUUGUGCUCCACCUGUGAUGAUCGUUGGAAAUGUUUGCGCAGAAUAUAACUACGGAGGAGGAAGAAUUCAACGCAACGGAAAUGUUAAUUGCGAAGAAUGUCCUUCUUACUUUUCAAAUGAAAGCUACAAAUAUCAAGAGUGUUAUGAGUACGUCAAAAAUGUAAAGACAUCACAAACAACACAACUUACGACCGAAUCGAAAGACAAGGAAUCAACAACACAAGGAAUGAUAUACCUAUCUUCAUCAUUAACUCCAAAUGAAGAAUCAGCUCGCUUAUAUCAAGAUACUGAUACCCCAAAAACAUCCAGUCAUAUCAUAAUAAUCGUUAUAUGUGUAGUCGUCGGUCUAGCUGCUAUAGCAGUUGUCUUCACAGUUAAACAGCGAUCAUUGACAGGGAAAUUGUUCGCUUGUUUCAAAAAAACAGUUUUACAAAAUGAAGAUUUAAAUGCUCAACCAUCAGAAAUUGUUAUCGAAAGUGUGGAAGAAGGCCUUGAAGUAAAAACUGUUUUAUUGGACAAGCGAACUCAUACCUUUAUACAAGACACGUUUCGUGAACUUAAUGAAUCUUAAGACAUGCAAUGCAAGUUUAAAUGUUAUAUCAAACUGAUUUAUUUUCUAUACUAUGUAGCAUCGAAUACACUGUAAAAUAUUUUUUCAUCAUGAUUGAUAUCUAUAUUGUUCCUAAAUGGCAGCUAUUUGUUAUAUUCAUUAAAGCUAGAAAAUUGA